AUGAAGGAGCGCCGUGGACGCAGUGCUGGCAAGCUGACAGCCAAUGCGAUCCGUGUACCCACGCCCAACGUGUCGCUGGCUAUUUUGAACGUACAGCUGGACCCAGUCAAGGCAGCAGGUAUCACUAAGGGGAGCGUGAACACAUUUAUGCAAAGAGUAUCGCUAGAUUCGCCGCUGCAAAACCAGAUUGAUUUCGUCAACUCGGCUGAGGUCGCGUCGUCAGACUUUAUCGGUAGCCGUGCUGCUGGGACCGUGGAUGGCAAGGCUACGAUCGUCGAUGGCGCCAAGGUCAUUCUCUACGUUUGGUACGACAACGAGUUUGGCUACAGCUGCCAGGUCAUUCGUACUCUACAGCGCCUCGUCGGCAUCAACCAUACGUGUUUCCCGGCAAAGGAGCAAGCCGAAGAGGUUGACAGCGCUCUUCACCUUACCUGGGACAUCUAG